AUGAUAAGAGAAGAGCCCAGUGUUAAAAUUAGGUUAAUCCAAGAAAAGAUAGCAACAAAUCUUGGAUUCCAUAUAUCUUAUAGGAAGGCAUGGAAGGCAAAGCAAAAGGCUAUUGUUAAAGUCUUCGGGAACUGGGAAGAGCUCUAUGCGUUCCUACCAAGAUGGUUGGAUUACAUGUUGCGUUUUUCUCCAGGGUCCUCCUAUAAGCUGGAUUUACGUGACCAUUUCAUUGAUGGGUGCCUCGAUCAAGCUUAUAAGGUGUUCAAGAGGGUGUUUUGGACAUUUAAACAGUGUUGUGAUGCUUUCAAUUAUUGCAAGCCGAUUAUCCAGAUCAAUGGUACCCACCUGUAUGGAAAAUAUCGGGGAACCCUCAUGUUUGUUACAGCAGUUGAUGGCAACAAUUACAUUCUUCCAAUUGCAUUUGCUAUCAUUUUUGGGGAGAAUAUUGACAACUGGUCGUGGUUCUUAGCACUUAUCCGGAUACAUGUUACUCAAAAACACAGAAUCUGUCUUAUUUCUGAUCGGCAUCCGGGCAUCUUGUCUGUAGUCAAUAACGUUGAUCUAGGAUGGGCUCCACCCCAGGCAUACCAUGUAUACUGCCUUCGCCACGUGGGUAGUAAUUUCAAUCACAAGUUCAAGAAUGUUAUGUUGAAGAAGCAAUUGAAGAAGUUAGGAUAUACAACAUCGCGCAUGGACUUUGAUGCAGGUUUAGAUAAAUUUAAAGAACCAAGCCCGCAAAUAGCCGCCUGGAUUGAUCGCAUCCAGAAAGAGAAGUGGAGUAUCGCUUACGAUGAACAUGGAAGAAGGUUCGGCCACAUGACUACAAAUCUCUCAGAGUGUGUUGAAAAAGUUCUUAAAGGCGCGCGAAACCUUCCUAUUAUUUCCGGUGCGGAUCGCUUACGGUAG